UUCACAAAUUAAAAAUAAAAAUUCCCGGUCGAGCCGUCCCAGAAAUUUGGAGCUACAAAGUACAGACCACUUCUUCAUCACUUCCAAAUCUUCAUCAUCGUCAACAAUGGUGUCUGCAGCUAUCUUGUUCCCCACUCCAACUCCAUUUCUCUCUCGCGUCCGUACAACCAAGCCCGUACUCGCGCUUUCCUCCCUCCGUCCCCUCCGCCAAUCACACUCCUUCCCGCCACUCCGAUGGACCAACAGCCCCGCCAUCACCACUAGAUACGCAUACGUCUCCGGACCAGCUUCCGACCCGAUAAUUAGCGAACCCGACCCGAAGAUAGACUCGGACUCCAAUCCGCCGCCACCAAGCGUCAUAAGCGGGGCGCUUUUAUGGAGGCUUCUACUGAAGCACAAGCUGAGGCUCGCUCUCUCCGCCCUAACUCUCGUCGGCUGCACCACUUGUACUCUCUCAAUGCCCAUAUUUUCCGGGCGUUUCUUCGAAGUGUUAAUUGGCGCGAGACCAGAGCCUUUGUGGAGUUUGCUGAGCAAGGUUGGGGUUUUGUAUGCGUUGGAGCCGAUUUUGACUGUGAUAUUUGUAGUGAACAUGAACAUCAUUUGGGAGAAGGUUAUGUCGACGCUCAGAGCACAGAUUUUCGGGAGGGUUUUGAUUCAGAAGGUCGAAUUUUUUGAUCGCUACAAGGUGGGUGAACUCACAGGUCUGUUAACAUCUGAUUUGGGUUCUCUCAAAGAUGUUGUGAGUGAAAAUAUUUCAAGGGACCGCGGAUUCCGGGCACUUUCUGAGGUCAUUGGGACAAUUUGCAUACUAUUUGCUUUAGCUCCUCAGCUGGCACCAAUUCUAGGCGUGCUGAUGCUCGCUGUAUCGGUUUCGGUUGCUGUAUACAAGCGAUCAACUGUGCCUGUUUUCAAAGCCCAUGGGUUGGCACAAGCAUCCAUAUCUGAUUGUGUGACCGAAACUUUUUCUGCCAUUCGUACUGUAAGAUCCUUUGGUGGUGAAAAGCGCCAAAUGCUAACGUUUGGUAGGCAGGUUCUCGCUUAUCAGAGCAGUGGAAUAAAGCUUGGGACUUUCAGAUCUAUCAAUGAAUCUUUGACCAGAGUUGCUGUUUAUAUAUCUCUAUUAUCACUUUAUUGCCUUGGUGGAAGCAAAGUGAAGGCGGGUGAACUCUCGGUCGGAACUGUGGCUUCUUUUAUUGGAUAUACUUUCACACUAACAUUUGCCGUUCAAGGCCUGGUUAACACAUUUGGAGAUCUUCGCGGAACUUUUGCAGCUGUUGAGAGGAUUAAUUCCGUUUUAUCUCGUGUAGAAAUUGAUGAAGCGCUAGCUUAUGGUUUAGAAAGAGAAUUGAGCAAAACAAAAUUGGUUGAUGAAAGUCAGGGAUUGUUCCUUGUUGAUAGCUCUAGUGAGAAAAAUGGGUCUGUAAAUACGCAUUACAUGUCAGAUCUCAAAUCAGCCACUAAUGUCGGUCACCUAGCUUGGUCGGGUGAUAUUUGUCUUGAAGAUGUGCAUUUUUCUUAUCCUUUGAGGCCUGAUGUGGAAAUCCUAAAUGGCCUAAACUUAACACUGAAGUGUGGAUCUGUAACUGCUUUAGUGGGGCCAAGUGGUGCAGGCAAAAGUACAAUAGUACAGCUAUUGGCACGUUUCUAUGAGCCAACUAAAGGUCGUAUUACAGUCGCAGGAGAGGAUGUUCGAACAUUUGACAAAAGUGAAUGGGCACGCUUUGUCUCUAUAGUAAACCAAGAUCCUGUUCUUUUCUCUGUCUCUGUCGGAGAAAAUAUUGCAUACGGCCUUCCAGAUGAUAAUGUUUCCAAGGAUGAUGUGAUCAAGGCUGCAAAAGCUGCAAACGCCCAUGAAUUCAUAAUCUCACUCCCCCAGGGUUAUGACACACUAGUUGGUGAGCGUGGAGGCCUACUUAGCGGGGGCCAGAGGCAGAGAAUUGCUAUUGCGAGAGCCCUGCUUAAGAAUGCACCAAUCCUGAUACUUGAUGAGGCGACCAGUGCAUUGGAUGCAGUUAGCGAGCGCCUGGUUCAGGAUGCUCUGACCCACUUGAUGAAGGGCAGGACAACAUUGGUCAUUGCACAUCGAUUGAGCACAGUUCAGAACGCCCAUCAGAUUGCAGUUUGCUCCGACGGGAGGAUUGCGGAACUUGGGACACACUUUGAGUUAUUGGCUCAGAAAGGUCAAUAUGCUGCAUUAGUUGGCACUCAAAGACUUGCAUUUGAGUAGCAUUGCAAAUGUGCUAUUAUCUCCGGAUCACUCAAAACAAAUACCAAAGCAAGUAUACACCAGGUAUAGUUUUGCCACUUAUAAAGCAAAUAGUAGCUGUGAGUUGCUGGAGAAUAAUCGAGCUCGUACGCUACACAACACU